AUCUAUACAUUGUCUGUUACAAAUGGUGGCGUUUUUGGGGAUUGGACAUACCAAGAAUUUUGUACGAAAGGUCAUUAUGCCGUUGGUUACAAAAUGAAUAUUGAAGGGCCAGAUGACGAUAGAACAGAACUGAAUGCUAUCGAAAUUAUCUGUGGAAGUAGAGGGGGUGUUCGUUGUGGUGACACAGCAAGUUCUGGUCAGCAGAACUAUGGAGAUUGGACAGAGGAAGUAUUUUGUCCAGCUAAAACAUUGCUGGUCGCAUUCUCUCUACAAGUGCAUCAGUACAAUAAUGAAAGUGAUAACACAGGUGCCAACUACGUCAAAUUCAAAUGCAGAUAUUUUAGAGAUGACGUUGGUAACUUCGAACUGAGCUAUCCUCCCGGGUAUGGUGUGUACGGUUCUUAUGGCGAGUGGAGUGAAGCUUGUCCAGUGAACAGUGCAAUAUGUGGUAUACAAACCAAAAUCCAUGGAGGAAGUCCGUAUGGACAAGACGAUACUGCACUCAAUGAUGUUAAUUUUUUCUGUUGUGAAUAAAGGUCUACUGUCACUAUAGCAACAUGUACAAUAAUACAAUAACUAAUCACUUUCAAUCCUUUAGAGUUUCGUAAUAAAAGAAAUUCAUAAUAUUUAAAGAUUGCUAUCUAGCUAUGUUGUAUUCGUGUGUUAUGGUAAAGAUAAUUAAUCACCCAGUUCAUUAAUUAGAUUUUAGUUUGGGUCAACUAAAUUUAUACGAUAUAUUUGGUUUACAGUUUGAUUUAGAAGAAACACCGACAUAGCUAGUAUACUAUUAAUUAUCUAAUAACUACCACAUUUUAUAUUAAUUAGUAUUGUAAUUUUCAUUGUUAUUAAUAAAUGUUAUAUGAGUAUUAUAAACCAAAUCUUGAAUGCUAUCCUAAUUCUAUCCUAUUUUGGGGAAAUUUCAGAAAUUCAAAUGUGACAUCACGUUUUUUGCGUUGAUCUCUUUGGCUAACUCGGCUGUGAAUUUUUAUGUGCUGGUUUAUGUUGUUUUAUGUAACCGUUUUUAUUCUGUAGUUAGUCACCACUUCGGUGUUAUCAUGUAUAUCUAUUAUAUAGUCAUUUGUAUAAAUUUACUGUUUGCAAAAGUAUGAAUCAUUCUAAAUACUAAGGAUUUUCUUAUCCCAGACAUAUAACCUUUGUCGUAUUUGGCACAACUUUUUGGAACUUUUGGUCCUUAAUGCUCUUCGACUUUGUACUUGUUUUGGCUUUCGAACUUUUUUGAUCUAAGCGUGUCAUGUUAUCACAACAUACUUAUUUUUGAUAAUUCAAAUUUCCCGCAUUUUUACACGUGCUUUUACUGUUUGAAACACGUGUUAUUUCUUAUCAGUUUCAUUUAGAUUCCCACAUGGCAUUGUGAAGAAAGAUUGUGUUUCGCUUUCGAUAUUUUCGAUUUUCGUGCAAUCUUUGGUAAACUACAGUGUGAGUUAAUUUUUAUAUUAUUUUAUUUUAUAACUUUAAGUAAAUAUUUCAUAUUUUUGAUAAGUUUAAGCAAUUAAUUAAAUACGUUUUCUUUGUUUGAACUGCCGAUUAACGUGCACACAGGUCAUGUUUGUUUACAUCAGCAUUUUGUAUGUUUUGCAUUAUGUACACCGUUUAUUUUAGAAUAAUUAAUUAUUUUAGCGUUAAAGUUAAAAUAUUAUUCUUGCAAUUGUAUUUUUCUUAUUAAAUUUAAGCUAAUUAACUUUUUAGUAGUACAGAGUUGCUAGCGGGUAAAAAUCUAUGGAACGCCGUUAGUGCCAUCUUUACACCUGUAUUUCUAUUUUUAUAAUUUUUUACUUUUUGGAAUGCAAUUAAUGCCAAAGUUAUUUUACGUUAAUUUUGCUAUUUACUUCAUGUUUGUUUAUGUUUUGAACUUAUAAUUAUUCAAAGGAAUUUUUAAACUUAAAAAUAAAUGUAUGGAGGUCAAUGAGUGUCAUUUUGACAAUGUUUAUUUUCUUGUAAUUUUUCGGUAAAUUACGGCAUUUGAGUUUAUGAUUUUUAUUUUUCUCUUUGUAGCUUUUUACUAUAUGUAUUAUGUGAUUAUCUGCAACGAUGAAGCAUAUUAAUAAAGAAUUUGAAACUAA